UUUUAAUUUUUGCAUGAAGGCUGGUAGUUGUUGAAACACUGUAUUUGGCCAGUUCCGUUUAGCCAUUUUGGACUUCUGACUUCUGAGGAUUGGUGUUGAGAUGGAUGAUGAAAGGCUUGUAUAUACGCUUGAUGAAGCACUUAAUAAUGUGGGGUUUGGGAAGUUUCAAUUUCUCCUCCUCCUUUUUGCUGGACUGGGUUUGGUUGCAGAAGCCAUGGAAGUUAUGAUUCUGUCAUUCAUAGGACCUGCAAUUAAGUCAGAGUGGGGACUUUCAUCUAGUCAAGAAUCACUUUUAACCAGUGUUGUUUUUGCUGGGCUGCUUCUUGGUUCAUAUUCUUGGGGCUUUAUAUCAGAUAAUUAUGGUAGAAGGAAAGGUUUUCUUGGCAUAGCUGUGGUAGCUAGUGUGACCGGGUUAUUGAGUGCUUUAUCCCCGAACUAUAUAUUAUUGGUUACUCUCCGUGGUUUGGUUGGUUUUGGCCUAGGCUCCGGGCCUGUAUUCUUAACCUGGUUUCUAGAGUUUGUACCUGCUUCCAAUAGAGGCAUGUGGAUGGUUGUCAUAUCAAUUUUCUGGACACUUGGAACGAUAUCUGAGGCUUCACUUGCAUGGGUUGUCAUGCCAAGAUUAAAUUGGAGGUGGCUUCUAGCCUUGUCCUCUGUGCCCUCAAUUGCUGUGCUGCUUUUGUUUGGUCUUGCACCCGAGUCUCCGAGGUAUUUAUGCAUGGCUGGUAGGAGUUCUGAUGCGCAUCACAUUCUGGAGAAAAUAGCUGUGAGGAACAGGACAAAUCUUCCUUCUGGAAUGCUUUUUCCUUAUAACAAUGCCAGACUGGAUAAUGGAUUUGUUAUUCCAGAACAUAAACCUCUGCUUUCUUCACCUGAAAACAAAUCGAUGAAAGUCAAAUCUGGAAGCUCUCCAUUUGUUAUGCUUUUUUCAUCAAGAUUAAUCAAAACAACCUUACUGCUUUGGGUCCUAUUCUUUGGAAAUUCAUUCUUAUAUUAUGGGAUUGUCUUGUUGACAUCAGAGCUAAGUAGCAGGCAAACUAAAUGCGGUUCAACACUCUUGUUUUUACAAAAAGCUGAUGAUGCAAGUUUAUUCAUUAAUGUAUUUAUCACUAGCUUGGCAGAGCUUCCUGGUCUUCUUUUAUCUGCAUUAAUUGUGGACAGAGUUGGUCGCAAAAUGUCCAUGACAAUUACGUCUGUUUUGACUUUUAUGUUUCUCCUACCACUGAUUAUCCAUCAGCCUGUAACUUUAACAACAGCAUUAUUGUUUGGAGCUCGGAUGUUUGCCAAUGGAACCUACACAAUUGCCAGUAUCUAUGCCCCAGAGGUGUAUCCGACUUCAGUAAGGGCAACCAGUUGUGGCAUUGCAAGUGCUAUGGGAAGAAUCGGAGGGAUGGUAUGCCCCUUGGUGGCUGUGGGAAUGAUCAGUAAUUGCCAUCAAACAUCAGCCAUAUUUGUGUUGGAGUGUGUAGCUGUUUUUUCAGUAGUAUGCAUACUACUCUUCCCCUUUGAAUCCAAGGGACGAGAAUUGGCUGACACUUUUUAACACAACCGUUAAUUCAAAAAUAUAAAUUUAUAUAUUUGAAUUAAAGAUAGAACAUUUUGUUUUUAAGAAUUUUGUGUUAUAACAUUGUGAUAGAACUUUUCUAGA